CAUCCAGGCGCUGCGGGAUGGCGCUCCGCGGGCCCCCCAGGCCGCGCAAAGUUCGUAGGAGGCGAGAGAUGCUGCCGCAGCAAGUUGGCUUCAUGUGCGCGAUUUUGGCCCUGGUGUGCUGUGCGUCUGGCCUCUUUGGCAGCUGGGGGCACAGAACAGCUUCUGUGAGCAAAUAUGUUCUCCCAGAUACAUGGAAAAAUAGAAGGCUGAUGGCACCAGUGAAUGGGACUGAGGCAGCUAAGAAUUGCACAGAUCCUGCGAUUCACGAGUUCCCCACAGACCUGUUCUCCAACCACGAGCGACAGCACGGGGCCGUUCUGCUGCAUAUUCUCGGGGCUUUGUACAUGUUCUACGCCUUGGCCAUAGUAUGUGAUGACUUCUUUGUUCCAUCUCUAGAGAAGAUCUGCGAGAAACUCCAUCUGAGCGAAGAUGUGGCUGGAGCCACCUUCAUGGCUGCGGGAAGCUCAACACCAGAGCUGUUUGCCUCUGUUAUUGGCGUGUUCAUCACCCACGGAGACGUCGGGGUUGGGACCAUCGUGGGCUCUGCUGUGUUCAACAUCCUGUGUAUAAUUGGAGUUUGUGGAUUAUUCGCAGGGCAGGUGGUCCGUCUGACAUGGUGGGCCGUGUGCCGAGACUCCGUGUACUACACCCUGUCUGUCAUCGUGCUCAUUGCUUUCAUAUAUGAUGAAGAAAUUGUAUGGUGGGAAGGCCUGGUGCUCAUCAUCUUGUACGUGUUUUACAUCCUGAUCAUGAAGUACAAUGUGAAGAUGCAGGCCUUUUUCACAAUCAAACAAAAGACUAUUGCAAAUGGCAACACAGUCAACAGUGAGCUGGAGGAUGUGAAGGAGGAGCCACAGUACAACAAAAACCCAGUGGUGAUGGUGGACGAGGUCAUGAGCUCCAGCCCUCCCAAGUUCACCUUCCCAGAGGCAGGCUUACGGGUCAUGAUCACCAAUAAAUUUGGGCCCAGGACUCGUCUGCGGAUGGCCAGCAGGAUCAUAAUUAAUGAGAGGCAGAGGCUGAUCAACUCAGCCAACGGCGUGAGCAGCAAGCCGCUUCAGAACGGGAGACACGAGAGCAUCGAGAACGGGAAUGUGCCCGUGGAAAACCUGGAAGAGCCACAGCGGGACCAAGAGCCCCCGCCGCAGCCCCCGCCGCCUCCCCAGGAGCCAGAGCCCGUGGAGGCCGCUUUCCUGUCCCCCUUCUCCAUGCCUGAGGCAAGAGGGGACAAAGUCAAGUGGGUGUUCACCUGGCCGCUCAUCUUCCUCCUGUGCGUCACCAUCCCCAACUGCAGCAAGCCCCGCUGGGAGAAGUUCUUCAUGCUCACCUUCGUCAUCGCCACGCUGUGGAUCGCUGUCUUCUCCUACCUGAUGGUGUGGCUGGUGACUAUUAUUGGAUACACCCUUGGGAUCCCCGAUGUCAUCAUGGGCAUUACUUUCCUUGCAGCAGGCACGAGCGUUCCCGACUGCAUGGCCAGCUUGAUUGUGGCGAGACAAGGCCUUGGUGACAUGGCGGUCUCUAACACCAUAGGAAGCAACGUGUUCGACAUCCUCGUGGGACUCGGCAUACCGUGGGGGCUGCAGACCAUGGUUGUUAAUUAUGGGUCCACGGUGAAGAUCAACAGUCGGGGUCUGGUCUACUCUGUGGCAUUGCUGCUGGGCUCCGUCGCUCUCACCGUCCUCGGCAUCCAUUUGAACAAGUGGAAGCUGGACCGAAAGCUGGGGGUGUACGUGCUGGUCCUCUACGCCGUCUUCUUGUGCUUCUCCAUAAUGAUAGAGUUCAACGUCUUUACCUUUGUCAACCUGCCAAUGUGCCGAGAAGACGAUUAAAACAGAGCCACUGUCCCUCGCCUGGGAGCUGUUCUGGACACUCCGGCGCUGGCGUCCUUUUUCCCUGCCCCUCCCCACCGCGGAUCUCUCCUGCAUCGGCCGCCACUGUCCGUUCUUUCAUCCAUGGGAAGAAAGCGCCAUCGUGGUCUCUGUCUGGUCACGGGCCAGGCUGCCAGGCGUCAUCCUCCUCCUUGGAGUUCUGCCCCCACAAAAAGGCAAGAUUCAGGGGCCACUGUUGGAGCAGCUUCGCAGACCUCAGAGCCGCCGGCCGUAGGUACAUGGCAUGUAUCUCCUCUCGGACGCUUGGAUCAGGAGGACUUCUGUAUGUGGGUUGUCUUUCUGUUGCACGACAGCCUCAGAAAUGAGGUGGUCGGUGAACACAAGGUCUCCUGGGGCAAGUGCAAAAUAGGAGCGUUGUUCUCAAGGGGCCCCUCUGGACCAGAGGGUGUGGGUUCCUUGAGCAGCAUGUGCUCCUUAGAGCUUCUUAAUCCUGCUGGAAGCACUCAAGGUUUGGAGAGAGUGAGGCUCAACCUGUUGGGAGUUUGGGGCCAUGACAACAAACACUCCACCCCUUUUCCUGGACAAAUUUGGAAGAAUAGAAACAGUUGUUCACAGCGGAAGAGAGAAAACAAGUGCUUACUCUUCUCACUUUCAUUGAUGCAUUCAGAGAAUGAGCAAUGACACAGUCAAAAUAAAAUGUCAGCUCUAGAUCAUCAUACUUGAAAAAUACCAUCGCAUACAAAGGACCUUGAUGGGGACCAAAAAGGUAAUACUUAUGGGAAACAAAUCCUACGUGUAUCAUGUUGCGUUGACACUAAGAUGUUUGGUUUGGAACAUAGAGAGAGUAGAAGACUAACAUCUAAAUGGGUGCUAACUCAGAGACACAGUGGAGAUAGUACUUUACAGCCAGCCGUUCAUUCCAGACCUCCUGUGGCAUGGGAUGCGCUGUCAGUUUCGGUUUUGUCAUUUCUUUGUUAAUGCCCUGCCCUCAACAUCACCCUGUUCAAAGACCCAAUUGUUUAUAUACCCAACAAAUUUCAUAGCCUGAUGAACUGGAAUGCGUGUGCCAGAAGUAAUGGCCAAUGACUAGAAGAGAGAUUUCCUGCGAAACCACCAAUUGCUCUCUGGUGAGCUGGAGGCAAGUAUGGAAACGGUAACUUGGAAAUUUUUAGAGCUAAGGUUCUUGAAUCUCAUCGUUUGCUAUGCAUGAAAGGCCAAAGACGGGAGGUUAAUUCAAAAAUAGAUAGAAACAUAUUAAACAAUUCUGACUGCUUCGUAGCUCUCAAAUAUAUAUUAAAAAGAUUUACAAACACAAACCAUUUGUGGUUUCUGAAAAGAAAGCACAAUUCAUUUUAUAGAGAGGUGUUCUUUUUUAUUUUUUUAAUGUUUCUAUUGCAAAGAGUCUAUCAGAUUUGAUGCACUUUUAAUACUGGGCUAUUUUGCACAGACGACUGUAUGGGGAAUGCCCCAAUGAUGGUACAAGGAAAGGAGGGUUUUAAUGAUUCACUGAUAAUUAGUCAUGGGUGAUGAGUGUAGAUCCAAUAGCUGAUUCUUUCCUGAGACACAGUGGUUGUAACUCGCAGUGGAAUCUGUGGCUGUGCUCUCUGUGGCCUCUGGAAUUUCAGAAGGAGGGCAUGUUUAAGCUUGUGUUCCUAAAAUUUCCUUAGCCUGAGCCUCAGACAGGACAACCCCAUCACCAGGUUUCUAUUCUGGAUCCUCAUCAGUGUUAGUAGCUACACCAAGUCAAGACUUCUCCUUUUGUUUCUCUUUCUUAGAUACUCAGUGGUCUUCCAGUUGAGGACAAGGGUCAUUUUCCUGAGAAAUUAGCUAAAUGGGCGGCCAGGGAGCCCCAGGCUUCAUCAGCAUAAACGUUUAGACGCAGAGGGUUUCAGAGUUGUGGGAACCACUCUGAGCCCGCAGAGAAUAGCCACCUGGUCUCCUUUGUCUUACAGCCUCAUCCAGGUUUCAGAGCAUAUCUGUCUCCGUUUUUGAAUCUCAAAACUGCCCUGUGAUGUAGGUAGGGAUUAUUUUCCCCAUUUAACAAGAAGUUCAGUCUUGGAGAGGUCAGGUGACUCUAGGUCAAUGGCUAGUUAGUUGCAAACAGGAGCUGAGCCCCAGGUCACCACCCGGCUCAGCCAGUCCAGUGUGUGGUCAUCCUUGGUCGCGCAGGCGUGGGUGUGUCCUUGUCCUUGGGGUUGGCCCUUAUUGUUUGAGUCAAAACUUCAUCACAUUUCUAACUGACAUCUGGAUGCUCUGUCUCCCACGCUAAUAUGUAUCCCUAUCCUAUGUCCCUAUUAUUUUCUGAUAAAGAUCAAAAAAUAUUUUUAGCUAGGCCGCAUGGGCCCUGCUGAGAGCCCUGCUGGUGCAGCAUCCUUGUGCAGCUUUCAGAGAACACACCCUCAUCACCCACCUCUUCCUCAGCAGAACCCAUCGGAGAUGAUAACUAUGCUGCAGUUCCAGUUUGAGACAAAAACUAAUGUUUCUAGUAUGUAGAACAGCCCUCCUGGCUAAUCCUCUCAUGACUUUAAUGUGCCAAUGUAACUUCCUUAAAGGAUCUAUGCAUUUAUUGUAUCUAGGAAACUAUAUAUACACGGUAGGUGAAGAAGUCUCUUUUGUAACUCAAUAUUUUUUCCAUUUCAAGUUUAAAGAAUUACUUGACUAAUUAGGCCUUCAUUUGAAAAAUAAUGCUUUCGUCACUGCACAGGGUUACUUCCUUUAUUUUAUUCCCAAAGCUAAUUAGCACAGGGUAAUUACUCUGCUAUGAAAAUAAGCAAUCUGAAAAAUAAACUUGGCUUUUUGAAUUGGGGGCAGAAAAAUGAACCCAGUGUACUCAGAUAGAAAAUGUCUAUAGACGCAGGAACAGGAGGUUCCUGGCAUCUCUGGUUUGGAUUUGCCUUUGCCAGCCAAGCAUAAUCGAGGGGAAGGUGUGCGGUGUCCUGAGAGCCUGGCCCUGGAGGAGGGCUCUGGAUCAGCUGCAGUGAGACUGAUGUUAAAGGCAGAUCAGAAUGGUCUCAUUCCCAUCCUUCCUGUAACCCACGGUCUCCCGACCUCCGUGUUCACCCGUGCGCGCCGACCUUGUGAGUUUUCCUCUGUUCAUUACCUGUUGCUCCUCCCCUCGCCCCACCUAUUACCGCUCGUUCUUGCUCCUCCAAAUGGCGCCUAGUGGUAAAGACCCAGCCUGCCAAUGCAGAAGACGUGAGUCACCAGUUCAAUCCCUG